GGAAGUAAAUUUAAGGCAGAAGGAAACUGUGGAACAAAAUGCAUCGACUAGACGAGUGAGAGCAGCAUAACGUUGUCUGGACUUGUGAAAGUGGGGCAUACAACGGCGACAUGCAAAAAACGCUGAUUAAGGAGUACCGCGUCGUCCUUCCGAUAUCGGUUGAGGAGUAUCAGGUGGGCCAGCUGUACUCAGUAGCUGAGGCCAGCAAAAAUGAAACGGGCGGCGGAGAAGGGGUGGAGGUGCUGAAGAACGAGCCGUACGAGAAGGAGGGGGAGAAGGGCCAGUACACGCACAAGAUCUACCACCUGCAGAGUAAAGUGCCAGGUUUUGUGCGGAUGCUAGCACCUUCCUCUGCCCUCAACAUCCAUGAGGAGGCCUGGAAUGCUUACCCGUACUGUCGCACAGUUCUCACAAGUGAGUACAUGAAGGACAAUUUUCUGAUCCAGAUUGAAACUUGGCACAAGCCUGACCUCGGUGAGCAGGAAAAUGUACAUGGAUUAGAUGCAGACGUAUGGAAGAAGGUUGAAGUAGUUCACAUUGACAUUGCAGACCGAAAUGCUGUGGAUGCCAAGGACUAUAAACCAGAUGAAGAUCCUGCCACAUACAAGUCUGCAAAGACAGGCCGGGGACCCCUUGGACCAGACUGGAAGAAGGAGCUCCCAUCCAAGACGGACUGUCCACAUAUGUGUGCCUACAAACUGGUCACAGUCAAAUUCAAGUGGUUUGGCCUGCAGAACAAGGUGGAGAACUUCAUUCACAAGCAAGAGAAGCGCUUGUUUACCAAUUUCCAUAGGCAGCUUUUCUGUUGGCUUGACAAGUGGGUUGAACUAACAAUGGAUGACAUCCGAAGAAUGGAGGAGGAGACACAAAAAGAACUUGAUGAUAUGAGGGUGAAGGACCCAGUGAAGGGCAUGUCUGCCACAGAGGAAUGAGACUACAGCUGUGAUUAUCAUUGCCUUAAACACCAGCAUUCUGUUUUGACUGCCAUCCUUCCGGAGCAAGUCUAUGAUCCAGCUCAACUUCUCCAUCUGCCCUGUUGACCAAUCUAAAAAGCCAUUAUUGUCAUGGUGGAUCAUCAAGGUCUACAGCCUUACCACUUGAAUAGUUCACUUGUAACCUGUACACUAAUUCAUAAGGAUAUUGUUCUUUACAAAUGUUUGAUUCAUGGGACUGUUUUUAUUAUUUUUUUUAUUUUAUUUUUUUUGAUAUGUGGUGUCAAAUGUCAAAAUGCUGUGUGGCACUUGUCUUAUACAAUUGAAUGGACCAAAUCCAGUUGUUGUCAGCCUUUGAUCUUUCCUUGUGUAGGCCCUUCAGAAUCAAAAUUACCAUACAAUAUCUUUUGCCAUGUUCUUUAUUUUUCUUGGAUUUUUAAAACGCUACCUAAUGUUCCCUAUGGUCAACAUUGCUUGAGAUGAUGUUUCAGUUUCAGUCGAUGGUAGUGUAAGCCAAGGAUGGGAUCUGAGGGGUUGUUUGAUGUGUGUCUGUGUGGCUCUUUAUACUCGGUCCUCUAAUGAGAGAAACCAGAGUUGGGGUAUUAAAUUGUAUUUAUAUCUGGGGUACAUUUUUUUUAUGUUCAUGAUUUUGCUGUUUUGUUUUGGUCAGGGGUGGAAAGAAACACUGUAUUUGCAUAUGUCUUCAGAUACACUGUAGUACUGUUUAUAUGACAUAUCAUGAAAUUAAAAAAACAUUUAUAUUUA